AUGAAGCAACCGAGUUUUAGUGAAGAUAAUUUUCAGCUGCACGACCGAGGAGCUGAUCGACCGAGUGCUGCAGAACUACGUUCAAUGGCAAUGAGACAACAGCAACAAAUAGAUACACAACACCAGAUGUUGGCAGCAAAGGAACAACGUUUACGGUUUCUAAAAUCCCAUGAAACUCGUAAUGUUGUUUCGAUAGCCGAAGCAGAACGCCUUCGUCGACUACGCGAACGCGUAGAAGCCCAGGAAUCUAAACUGCGGCGCCUCCGAGCCUUGCGUGGUCAAGUGGAUUUGCAGAAAACCUAUAAUGUCACACUGGGUAAUGAUCUAGACUCGAUAAGAGCAUUAUUUAGUGAGAAAGAAAAGGAGCUUACAUUAGCUGUGGCUAAGGUAGAAGCACUGACACGCCAAUUGGAAGAGCUUCGACGUGAUCGCAGAGGUGUCGGUACAAAUGGCAUUUCAUACAAUUUGAAUGCAAAUGCUCUAAAUAACAAUGGGUCACCUGCGGGCAAGGAGCUGGAAAAGUUGCGUCUGGAACUUGUUUAUCGCAAUCAGUUGUCAAUGCAACAGAAUGCUCGCUUGAAUAUGCAGAGGGAAGCUUUGCAGCAGCGCCAGAUAGAACUACACUCAGUGGACAAACGUAUCGUGGAAUUGCAAAGCCGUAUUAAUAAGAAAAGAAUACUCAAUGUGCAGAAUUACAAACUAAAUGCAUCAAAUAAUAGCCCGGGAUCUGGACAAAUUCAUAGCAAAACAAUACCGUCCAACAUUAACCAUCCGUUGCAUGCGAGGUCUUCGUCGACACACAUAAUUCCUUCGCAUUCACGAACUUUGAGCCGUGGCAAUGUAGUUGCAGUGGAACCGUUUAAUCAUGUUCCUGUCAAAUCAGCAUCGUUUGGAAAUGGAUCAAAUCCUUCGUCAUCUCCGUCUCCGUUGGUGAACACGAAUGAGAAAAUGCAGCAACCAAUUUCCGGUGCCACUGACUCUAUGCAACAUCAGCAGCAACUUCAAAGUUAUCAGUGGGACCAUGAAAAACAUGCGAUGUUGAUGGGUGGCGAUGAGGCUAUGCUGCUAGCACCGGAAAGUGAUGAAAAGAAAUUAGCCGUUCGGCAGCAACAACAGCAACAACAGUACCGUUCUCGUUACGUAGAAAGCGUCGGGACUGUUACAGGUUCCGAAAUGGCAACGGAGGAUAAUUCUACGACUUUAAAAUCAAACUAUCCUGACACGCAACAACAUUUGAUUGCAAAUGAUUUUGAGAUAAAAAAUAAUUCUAAUACGGUAUCAAGUUACGAUAGCGAGAAAGGAAUGUUUGAAUUCUACAACAAUACACCGCCUGGUGAGGGCGAAUUAGAUACUGUUGCUAGCGCAGCUAACGAUAAUGAACAGGCAAGGGAUAAUAAUAUUACACUUACAAAGGCAUAUGGACAUAAUCAAGAGAAACAACAACAAAACAAUUCCAGCCAACCGAAAGCUAGCCACAACUUUCUGCACAACAUUCCAUUGGGAAACUUGGUGGUACCUCCCAGGAAACCAAUAAACAGCGUAGCACCGACGCUUGCUAUGAAGCCUGUCACGUCUGUGGCUGGCUUUUCGACCUUCGUAAAUGAAACCACAAGUGCGAAAAUAACUAGUGUAACACGUAAGGUUCCAUUAGGAAUUGACAGUGGUGGUGUGGCAAUGAACGAAGCUCAACAAGCAUCAAUUCCUACAAGCCCAAAUAACAACAGUCGGCCGGCACUACCGCCGAAACCUAGCAAACCACCAUGUUUUGGGAAUUCAGGUACAGCGAGUGUUUCGGGAAAUAGCAAUGCAAACGAUGAGAAUAGUAACGAAACUAAUGCUGCUAUUGAUGGAGGUUUAACAAACAACCAGCAUGACUCUUCAUCCUCUACAUCAUUCGAUAUUCCGGAUUUGGGGCUGCAGGCAACAAUUAGUAAACAAUCGACAGCAAAUGAUAAACUUCCCAUCAAAGCUAAACCCUUGACAAUCAGGAAACAUCCAUUUUUGGAGCAACCGAGGCUAAAAAAUUUUACCGGUUCGUUUAAUCUCGGCAGCGGAACUGCUGUUUCUACGGGACUAAAUAAAAUGCCAUCUACUUCCGGUACACAGCAGCAACAGGUAACAAAUAAACGAAAAGAGGUAGCUGCUGCUGGCGAUGGGAAUGAAGCUACACAUUAUGGUAAUUACGAAAAUGAAGGUUUGCAGGACAAGAAAUUCGCUUCAGACGUUAGUGAGACCAUGACAGGGAGAGAUCAUCCAAUAGAACGUUUAAAAAAGUUAAAAAGUGGAAGUUUCAAUAGCGGUGACGGUACAGCGAACACUGAUAAUGAAGUUACUAGACGGAAGCGUAAUUUCAUUGCGAUAACUCCUGACAGUCAGAGUAAAGCUGGCAGUAUAGGAGCUAUGAAUAGUACUGGAGGAUCAAUUGUUGGUGAAGGAAGCAAACAUAAGUUGUCGCGCCGUGUAAGCUUUGAUCCGUUGGCACUUCUGUUGGAUGCCAGUUUGGAAGGUGAAUUAGAAUUGGUAGAGAAAACUGCUAUGCAAGUCACUAAUCCAAGUGCGGCCAAUGAUGAAGGAAUCACUGCGCUGCAUAAUGCUAUAUGUGCGGGUCACUUUGAGAUAGUAAAAUUCCUGGUAAAUUUUGGAUGCGACGUCAAUGCACAGGAUUCUGACGGCUGGACACCAUUACACUGUGCCGCUAGUUGCAACAAUUUACCGAUGGUCAAAUUUCUUGUCGAGUCUGGUGCCUGUUUGUUCGCAGCAACAUUAUCUGAUCAUGAAACACCUGCCGAGAAGUGUGAGGAAGACGAAGAAGGAUUCGACGGAUGUUCUGAAUAUCUUUACAGUAUACAAGAAAAAUUGGGCAUAUUGAAUAAUGGAGAAGUGCAUGCCGUCUUCGCGUACGAAUCUCAACAGCCUGAUGAAUUAAGCUUUUUUGUGAACGAUAAGCUCACUAUCAUCCGGAAAGGCGACGAAGCCGAACGUGAAUGGUGGUGGGCACGCAAUACCUUAGACAAGGAAGGUUAUGUUCCAAGAAAUUUACUUGGGCUAUAUCCUCGGCUUGCUCCAUCGUACGCCGAUGACAAUUAG